AUGGAAGCGGAAAACAUGAUCUUCAAAAUCCCUCGUCUAAUUCUUCAUGCUGACCAGUAUUACUUAAUAAAAAACCAAGAAAUUGACUUAUCAUGUCAAAUAGAACCUGGAUGGCGUGGUGCUACAAUAGCCAGUGUGCAGUGGAUUAAAGACAAUACUCCAAUCGAAAACUGCAUUGAUCGUGUACGAAAUGAACUUAUUGCUGAUGGGCCAACCUUACGUAUUUUGAAUAAUCAAUAUCAACCAGAAGGUGACUAUCAAUGUUCCUCUUUAAUUCGUGGAAUUCGUAUAUCUAAUGGCUUACACAUUGAUACACAGCUUGUAUCAGCACCUGUGAAAUUUCGGAAAGCAAGAAUCAGUAAAUUCGAGAAAGUUAAUAUAGAAACAAUACGAGUUUAUCAACCACAAGCAAUACGAAUUCCUUGUUUGGGAAUGCCUGAUGUCGUACCAAAUCCUCCAGGAAUUCACUUCGAAAAAGAUGAAAAUGUCAAAAAACUUGGCUUGUCAGGUGACCGAAGGUUUUUAUUGACAUCGAGCGGAAUGCAGAUUGCUUUCUCGAUGGUCUCUGAUAGCGGCGACUAUUACUGCGUUGUUACUAAUUUAUUUACAAAUAAAACAAGGAAAUCACCGUACCCAGUAAGAUUGGAGGUCGUAUCUGCACGAAUUAACCUCACUUUUCCAGUGCUCAUUUACCCGAAAAUAAAAUCGUCUGUUUUCGAACCAAUUAUUUUGCAUGUAGUCAAAGGCAAAACUGUUAUUUUAGAAUGUAUGAUGUUAAAUGUUAGAAUAAUGUGGACAAAGGUGAAACCAUCAACUUCCGGACUCGUUUUUAACAACGAUCGAUUAAGAUUUCAACAGAUAUCAGGAAAUUUAGUAAUAAAUUUAUUGAACGAAGCUGACGAUGGUGUAUACGUAUGUGAAGGAUAUCCAGUUAAUACGAAUAAUUUGUCAGAAAUUCCAAAAGUUUUUUACCAAUUAAUAGUACAUGCUCCUAUCGAUGUUCAAUUAAUGGCAAUCAGACAAUAUUAUUAA